CCCUCUCCACUUUCUCUAUACUCUCCCCAAAAUCAAUGCUAAGAGACACGUCUGCAUAAAAUCUCUGUAUAUAAAGGAAUAAGUGAAUAUAACUGAAGCUUGAAGCUAGUUUAGUGGAGCUACCAUCUCUUCUUGUCUGAUUCUUUAGAAACACAUCGUUCCAUCCCCUUCCUUGCAUCAACCACAUAAACAAAACAAGCAAACUUGUUGUCAAGAUGGGGAAGAGAUUGAUAAUGUUUUUGUUUGCUCUUCUGCAACUUCUGUUAGUAGUAAACUCACUUUCUCCAAAACAUUCACCGGCAAAGCCUAAUGCAGAAGUAACUGUAAUGGGUUUUGUUUACUGCGAUGUCUGCUCCAACAACACUUUCUCCACACAUAGUUACUUCAUGUCCGGCGUGGAGGUGAGAAUAGUCUGCAGAUUCAAAUCAGCUUCGUCGAGAACAAACGAGAUGGUAACAUUCUCUGCAAACAGAACAACUAACGAGUUCGGACUCUACAAGGUAGCCAUAACUUCUCUAGAUUGCGCUGACGUGGAUAGUCUCGCCAGUUCUUGUCAAGUUAGUUUGCUUGGAAGAAGAAGAAGCUCCUCGGAUCUUUCUUGCAACGUACCUGGUUACAGAACUACGACGGAUCAAGUCGUGUUUAAGUCUAAACGGUCUAAUCUAUGUAUCUAUAGAUUCAAUGCCUUGAAUUUCAGACCAUUCAAGAGGGAUCUUGCCUUGUGUGGCAAGAAAUAG